AUGUCUUCGCAGGCGCCUCACCCUUCCCUCUUGAUACCUGGGCCCAUUGAGAUCACGGAUGAAGUCUCCCAAUCCAUGGCCCAUUACGCCCAAUCCCACGUGGGUCAGCCUUUUGUCAACACCUUUGGCGAGACCCUAACCCUGCUCCGCGGCCUUUUUCAAACCACAAACCCAGGCUCCCAGCCCUUCGUCAUUGCGGGAAGUGGUACCCUCGGCUGGGAUCUCGUGGCGGCCAACCUUGUUGAACCUGGUGAAGAUGUGUUGGUUCUACAUACUGGCUAUUUUGGAGACUCUUUUGCCGACUGUCUUGCGACUUACGGUGCAAAACCGACACAACUCAAGGCUCCUAUUGGCGACAGACCGCAACUUCCCGAGAUUGAAGCAGCCUUGAAAGAGAAGAAAUACAAGGCUGUAACAGUGACACACGUUGACACCUCCACUGGUGUGCUUUUCCCCAUCCAACCUCUAUCCGAUCUCAUCCGCCGCGUUUCGCCCGAUACACUACUGGUGGUGGACGGUGUCUGCUCUGUUGGUGGAGAAGAACUUCAUUUCGACAAGAUGUCCAUCGACGUGGCUCUGACCGCCUCGCAAAAAGCAAUUGGCUGCCCCCCCGGCCUGUCGAUAAUGAUGGUCUCAGAAAAAGCAAUGAAUGUGUUCCAAUCACGAAAGUCUGCUCCCGGAAGCUACUAUGCCAGCUUCAAGAACUGGCUUCCGAUCAUGCAGCAUUACGAGGCCAAAAAGCCUUCAUACUUCGCCACGCCACCUACUCAGCUAGUUCAGGCCCUCCACACAUCCCUGAAGCAGGUCCUCUCACAGCCCCUUGAAAGCCGCUUUGCCCAACACCGAAAGGUCAGUCUGUAUGUCAAAUCCAAGGUGACGAGCAUGGGCUUGAAACAAUUGGCUUUGGAUCCUGCAAACGCUGCGAAUACCAUGACGGCAAUAUAUUUACCCGAGGGGCUGACGCCUCCGCAAAUCCUGCCGAAGUUGAUGGCCAAAGGUGUCGUGUUUGCAGGAGGCUUGCAUCGGGAGAUUGCGGCGAAAUACAUUCGUUUUGGACACAUGGGUGUGAGCGCCAUGGAUGAGUCAAGAGGAGAAAUUGAUAAGGCACUCGAAGCUUUGAAAACAGGGUUGGCGGAAGUGGAGAACGCUAAGAAGUAA